AUGUCACUCUAUUCCCCCUCCUCACGCAAAUAUUCGCUCCCCCCGCCACGUCCGUCCCCAGUUCCUAUCCCGGAAAGCAUUAAGCAAUUUCCUUGCCCUCCAUUUGAGUGCAAACAACGGAUGCCCGCGAGACGCAAACCUGCGUUUCCUUCUUUCUUUCUUUCUUUCUUUCUUUUUUCUUCCUUUCGUUCUUUUUUUUAUAGCAUCCAUAUUUGUUCCUUUAUUCAUAUUUCUUCCUUGUUUCUUUCUUUCUUUCCUUAUUUCAUUCUUUGUUUCUUAUUCCGAUUUCAUUUCUCUUUCGUUCUUUCUUUCUUUCUUUUUUAUAGUAUCCACAUUUCUUCCUUGUUUAUUUCUUUCCUUCUUUCCUUCUUUCUUUCUUAUUCUUAUCCAUACAUUUUCUUUCUUCUUUGCUUUGUUUGUUUCCUUCCUUCCUUCCUUCCUUCCUUCCUUCCUUAUUAUUGUUUCCAUUUUUCAUUUCUUGUUUCUUUUUUGUUUGUUUCUUUUUUCUUCUGUUUCCCUUUUAACUUCUUUCUUUCUUUCUUUCUUUCUUUCUUUCUUUCAAUGCCUUCUUUUUCUUUCGAUUAUACCAUUAACUAUCAUAUCUUUUUACUCUCUUUCUUUCUUUCUUUCUUUCUUUCUUUCUUUCUUUCUUUCUUUCUUUCUUUCUUUCUUUCUUUCAAUGCCUUCUUUUUCUUUCGAUUAUACCAUUAA